UUUUUCUCUAUAACUAGCAACUGGUUAAACAGCUUGAAAGCUAGACAUCGAUGGGUAUGAUCCUUUUACUUACAUUUAUCAGUACUAAUGUACUUAUUUUGCUUUUGAAAUUCUCCAAUGCCCUUGAAAGCAUUAGUCCAUCAGAAUCUAUGGGUGAUGGAAAGACAUUGGUCUCCAAAGAGGGAACCUUUGAGCUGGGUUUCUUUAGUCCUGGCAUUUCGAAUAACAGUUACUUGGGAAUAUGGUACAAGAAUAUCCCACUUAGAACCAUUGUCUGGGUGGCAAACCGGCGCAAUCCUAUCAAUGGUACUUCUGGCUUGUUGAAGAUAGACGACACAGGAAAUCUUGUACUUCUCAGCAAGAACAGUAAUGUUGUUGUUUGGUCUUCAAACUCGACAAUAAAAGCUCGAAGUCCAAUAGUACAACUUCUGGAUUCCGGCAAUCUGGUCUUAAGAGACAAACAAGAUGCAAAUACUGGAAUCAUAUGGCAAAGUUUCGACUAUCCGUGUGAUACACUGUUGCCAGGAAUGAAGCUCGGAUGGGACUUAAAGACAGGAUUUGAUCGGCGUCUAUCAUCUUGGAAGAGCCCGGAUAAUCCAUCUCCUGGAGACUUUACAUGGACACUGGAACUUCAGAGUAACCCUGAGGGAGUGAACUGGAAGGGAUCAAAGAAGUUCUACAGAAGUGGCCCAUGGAAUGGCAUUGGAUUUAGUGGUGCCCCAGAGAUAAGGGCCAACCCACUUUUUUAUUUUAAUUUUAUCUCGAAUGACCAGGAGGUGUAUUAUUCAUAUGACCUUAAGGAUCGAUCUGUAAUCACGAGGAUAGUCUUGAACCAAACUACCUAUCGUCGUCAGCGAUACACAUGGAGUGAAGAUACUAAAAGUUGGAUUCUUUAUGCUUCUGUCCCAAGAGAUUACUGUGACAAAUAUGGUCUUUGUGGUGUAAAUGGAAAUUGCAUUAUUAGUGCGAUGCCCGUCUGUCAAUGUUUAGAAAAAUUCAAGCCUAAGUCAGUAGAGGCAUGGAACACAAUGGACUGGUCUCAAGGAUGUGUGCGAAAUAAGGAAUUAGAAUGUCAGAAAGGAGAUGGAUUCAUCAAACUUGAUGGGCUCAAGGUGCCGGAUGCUACAGAUUCUUGGGUCAACAAAACUAUGAAUCUCAAGGAAUGCAGGGCUAAAUGCUUACAGAACUGUUCUUGUAUGGCAUAUACAAAUUUAGAUAUUAGAGGAAGAGGCAGUGGCUGUGCUAUUUGGUUUGGCGAUCUGAUAGAUAUUAGACAAGUUCCAAUUGGAGGCCAGACACUAUACGUUCGAUUGCACGCUUCAGAAAUAGAUGACCAUGAAGAGGCAAAAGCUAAACCUAAGAUAAGGAUUGCAGUGAUAACUACAGUUACCAUUGCUGUGGUCUUUGGGAUGCUCAUGGCCAUCUAUUACGUCCGCAAAAGCAAGGCAAAGCGCGCAGGGUUACGAAGAGAAUGGAAAAGUGCUUGCAAAAUGAUCAUGAGAAAGAUACAAAAGGAAGGCUUGGAGCUACCACUCUUUGAGUUCACUGCAAUAGCUAACGCCACCAGCAACUUUUCGAUCAACAAUAAGUUAGGAGAAGGUGGAUAUGGACCUGUCUACAAGGGUAAGCUAGAAGAUGGACAAGAAAUUGCUGUGAAGAUGCUGUCAAGGAGUUCUAGACAAGGAUUAAAUGAAUUCAAAAAUGAAGUGAUACUGCUUAACAAGCUUCAGCACAGAAAUCUUGUAAAGCUUCUUGAUGGGACAAAAGGAAAAAUGUUAGGCUGGUCAAGGCAUUUCAACAUCAUUUCUGGGAUUACAAGGGGGCUUUUCUAUCUUCAUCAAGAUUCCAGAUUGAGAAUUAUACAAAGAGAUCUCAAAGCAAGUAAUGUUUUACUUGAUGAUCACAUGAAUCCAAAAAUUUAUGAUUUUGGCUUGGCUAGAAUGUUUGUGGCUGACCAAACUGAAGGCGACACAAGCAGAGUGGUGGGAACUUACGGUUACAUGGCACCAGAAUACGCUACCGAUGGUCUAUUCUCAGUGAAAUCCGAUGUCUUUAGUUUCGGUGUCUUAUUGCUUGAGAUAAUAAGCGGAAAGAAAAGUAGAGGGUUUUACCAUCCAGACCAUAGCCUUAGCCUUAUUGGACAUACAUGGAGAUUGUGGAAUGAUGGCCAAGCAUCAGAGUUAAUUGACGCACUGAGAGAUGAGUCAUGCAAUCCCUCAGAAGUGCUGGGAUGCAUACACAUUAGCCUCUUAUGCGUGCAACAGCAUCCUGAUGACCGGCCAAGCAUGGCCUCUGUCGUUCGGAUGUUGGGAGGAGAGAGUGCAUUGCCCAAGCCAAAAGAACCAGCUUUUCUUAAUGACGGAGGUCCACUUGAAUCAAGUUCCUCCUCAAACAAGGUUGGAUUAUCUUCAACCAAUGAGAUCACUGUCUCAGUCUUAGAGCCUCGGUAGCUAAUUACUGGAUAUGAAUUUUUCACUAAUUUCAAAGGUUGCGGUAAUAUUAAUUAUUGAACCUAUAUUCCUUUAGCUGGUAAGCUUAACUUGAAUUAAUAAGGUCUGGUGAUCAACUUUUUAGCAGGAUCGAUCGACUCUAAUUGUAUUUCUGAAUUA